AUGGCCGACACCGCCACGGGUGACAGCAGCGAUGCUUCACCUCACAACCACCAUGGCACCAAUGUGCCCUCCGGCCACUAUGACGAGAAGAGGCAAUACGAGUCCGAAAAGGCCCAAGACAUUCCUCGCGCAAAACCCGGCGACGACGAGGAUGAGGAAGACGAGGACAUGGACGCUCUGAUUGCCGAGCUCGAGUCGCAAGACGCCAACAUUGACCCUGAAGACGAGGAUGUGCAGCAACCCGGCGGCGCGCGUCCGGUCGCUGAAGAGCUCCUGCAAACUAGCACUGUUACCGGCCUUACCACCGAAGAAGUCACCUCUCGCCGCAAGAAGUUUGGUCUCAACCAGAUGAAGGAAGAGAAAGAAAACAUGGUGCUCAAGUUCUUGGGUUACUUCAUUGGUCCUAUCCAGUUCGUCAUGGAGGCGGCUGCCGUUCUCGCUGCUGGUCUUCAAGAUUGGGUCGAUUUUGGUGUCAUUUGCGCCCUUCUCUUGCUUAACGCUACGGUCGGCUUUGUCCAAGAAUUCCAGGCUGGAUCCAUCGUCGAGGAACUCAAGAAAACUCUUGCGCUCAAAGCUACAGUUCUCCGCAAUGGCACUCUCACUGAGAUUGAAGCGCCUGAGGUCGUUCCCGGUGAUAUUCUUCAAAUCGAGGAGGGCACAAUUAUCCCAGCCGACGGUCGUGUUGUCACCGACGAUGCCUUCCUUCAGGUUGACCAGUCCGCCAUCACCGGAGAGUCUCUUGCUGUCGACAAGCACAAAGGCGACACGUGUUUUGCCUCGUCUGCUAUUAAGCGUGGAGAAGCUUUUAUGGUCGUGACUGCUACUGGUGACAGCACUUUCGUUGGUCGUGCCGCCUCUUUGGUUGCUUCUGCCUCCGCUGGUAGUGGUCACUUCACCGAAGUCCUCAACGGUAUAGGGACGGUCCUUUUGAUUCUGGUCAUUCUCACCCUGCUUGUCGUCUGGGUCUCUUCCUUCUAUCGCUCCAAUCCCAUUGUCAAGAUCCUGGAGUUUACUCUCGCCAUCACGAUCAUUGGUGUGCCUGUCGGUCUUCCGGCAGUCGUCACCACAACAAUGGCUGUGGGUGCUGCGUAUCUCGCCAAGAAGCAGGCUAUCGUCCAGAAACUUUCCGCCAUUGAGUCUCUUGCUGGUGUCGAAAUUCUUUGUUCCGACAAGACCGGUACCUUGACUAAGAACAAGCUCUCCCUUGCAGAGCCCUACUGCGUUGCCGGCGUUGAGCCUGAAGAUCUCAUGCUCACCGCCUGCCUCGCUGCCUCUCGCAAGAAGAAGGGUAUCGAUGCCAUUGACAAGGCUUUCCUCAAGUCGCUGAAGUUCUAUCCUCGGGCAAAGUCUGUUCUUUCCAGGUACAAGGUCCUUGAUUUCCACCCGUUCGACCCCGUCUCGAAGAAGGUGCAAGCCGUCGUCGAGUCCCCUCAAGGAGAACGCAUAGUCUGUGUAAAGGGCGCGCCUCUCUUUGUCUUGAGGACUGUGGAAGAUGACCAUCCCAUUCCCGAGGCUAUCGACGAGGCAUACAAGAACAAGGUCGCAGAAUUCGCCACUCGUGGUUUCCGUUCUCUGGGUGUUGCACGCAAGCGUGGAGACAGCUCCUGGGAGAUUCUGGGCAUUAUGCCUUGCUCCGACCCCCCUCGUCAUGACACGGCCCGCACCAUUAACGAGGCCAAGACUCUCGGCCUUUCUAUCAAGAUGCUGACUGGUGACGCCGUGGGUAUCGCCCGUGAGACGUCACGUCAGCUCGGUCUUGGUACAAACGUCUACAACGCCGAGCGUCUUGGUCUCGGUGGCGGCGGAGAAAUGCCUGGCUCUGAAGUUUACGAUUUCGUCGAGGCUGCUGAUGGGUUCGCCGAGGUCUUCCCCCAGCACAAGUACAAUGUCGUCGAGAUUCUUCAGCAACGUGGUUAUCUCGUGGCCAUGACUGGUGAUGGUGUUAACGAUGCUCCGUCUCUCAAGAAGGCUGACACGGGUAUUGCUGUCGAGGGAGCUUCCGAUGCUGCUCGCUCCGCUGCCGAUAUCGUCUUCCUUGCUCCUGGUUUGUCGGCCAUCAUCGACGCGCUGAAGACCUCUCGCCAGAUUUUCCACCGUAUGUAUGCCUACGUUGUUUACCGUAUCGCGUUGUCUCUUCACUUGGAGAUCUUCUUGGGUCUUUGGAUCGCCAUCCUGAACACUUCGCUCAACCUGGAGUUGGUCGUCUUCAUUGCCAUCUUUGCCGACAUCGCUACCCUAGCCAUUGCAUACGACAAUGCACCCUUCUCGAAGACUCCAGUCAAGUGGAACUUGCCCAAGCUCUGGGGCAUGUCUGUCCUCCUCGGCGUCGUUUUGGCCAUUGGUACCUGGAUUACCCUCACGACGAUGUUCCCAUACCAAGACAGCUCCAACCGUCAUCCUGGCCAAGGCGUUAGUGGUGGUAUUGUCCAGAACUUUGGUGUCCGUGAUGAAGUUCUCUUCCUGCAGAUUUCGCUCUCUGAGAAUUGGUUGAUCUUCAUCACGCGUGCCAACGGUCCUUUCUGGAGCUCUAUUCCGUCUUGGCAGCUCACCGGUGCCAUCUUAGUUGUCGACAUCAUCGCCACCUUUUUCUGUCUGUUCGGCUGGUUCAUUGGCGGGCAGACGUCGAUCGUGGCAGUUGUCCGUGUCUGGAUCUUCUCGUUUGGCGUCUUCUGCGUCAUGGGUGGCCUCUACUACCUGCUCCAGGACAGCGUCGGAUUCGACAACCUCAUGCACGGCAAGUCGCCGAAGAAGAAGGAGAAGCAGAGGUCGCUCGAAGACUUUGUCGUUUCCCUCCAGCGCGUCUCCACGCAACACGAGAAGAGCGCUUAA